AUGAGCGCCUACGGGCGGUACCGGGCGCUGGACGGAUACGAGUCGCGCGAUGCGUCGCUGGAGCGUGCGCCUGGAGGCGCAUGGGAGCAGCAGGUGGCGCGAGAGGCAGUAGAGGAGGAGCUGGGCGACGACAAGAUCGAUGCGGUCGACGCCAAGCUCUCGGCGAUGGAUCUGGCCAUUGCGACCGAAGCCGCCGCGAGCCUCGGCAGCACGUCGACGAUGGGCAACGAGAUGCAGCUGGGCGACGACCAUGUGGUGAGCGAAAUUAUGCGCUUGCCGCACCACAUGCCGGCAGAGUGCGAGUCGCUCUUUGCGAAUCUCCAAAAAUGCCUCGAGCUGCGCGACAAGUACAUGGAUGUCAGUCUCCAGGGCAACCUCUUUGACGAUCCCAAGAACUGGGACGCGGAGUACUGCGAGGAGUGGGCGCGCGCUGCAGAUGUGCCGCUCCCCAAGCCCGAGGACCACGCCAAGGACGGGUCUGUGCAUGUCGACGGAUGUGCAUGGGACGACGAGCAGGAGCGGCCGAAGCCGUGGAAGGUGUAUCCCUGUCCUCCGCGUCCCCACUGGGAGCACUUUUCGCCUGCACCUGCGUCGUCAUUUGUCAUGCGCCCGAACGAGGAUGGGAAGCUGGUGGACCCGAUGCCGCCGGCGUCGGAGGCCAACGUCAUCGCUGCACAGCAGCUCCUGGAAAGCUGCGGCGGGAAGCCUGGCGUGUUCCGCAUGCAGGAUAUCGAGAUUCCGGGCGCGCACCAUAUCGGUGACAAGGAUAUGCACUUUGACGCGGUCGACGGCGUGUAUCAAGUGUGGUUCGACCGCCCCGAGGAGGAACAGCGUGGCCGCAAGGCGGAUACGACGCGGCGGUACGUGACCAAGGUCGCGUCCAGCGCCGAGUGGUUCCACGACCUGGAGUUUGUGCAGUCCGUCACGGCCGACGGCCCUGCCAAGACGUUUGCAUGGCGCCGCCUGAAGUACCUCGAAGGCAAGUGGAACUUGUACAAGCUCCUGAACGAGUACCGCGAGCUCGACGCGAUCAAAAAGGUGCCGCACCGCGACUUUUACAAUGUGCGCAAGGUCGACACCCACGUGCACCACUCGGCGAGCAUGAACCAAAAGCACCUGCUGCGUUUUAUCAAGGCCAAGAUCAAGCGGUACCCCGACGACCUGGUCUUGGAGCGCGGCAAGGACGUGCUCACGCUCCGCCAGGUCUUUGAGUCGCUGGGACUCACCGCGUACGACCUGAGCAUCGACACGCUCGACAUGCACGCGCACCAAGACGCCUUCCACCGCUUCGACCGCUUCAAUCUCAAGUACAACCCGAUUGGCGAGUCGCAGCUGCGUGAGAUUUUUCUCAAGACAAACAACUAUAUCAAGGGGCGCUACCUCGCCGAGAUCACCAAGGAAAUCACGCACGAUCUCGAGCAGAGCAAGUACCAAAUGUCCGAAUACCGCAUUUCGAUCUACGGACGCAGCCCGGACGAGUGGGACAAGCUUGCGGGGUGGGUCGUUGACCACCACUUGUUUAGCCCGAAUGUGCGCUGGCUGAUCCAGGUGCCGCGUCUGUACGAGGUGUACAAGGCGAACAACAAUGUCAAGAGCUUCCAGGAUGUGCUGCACAACAUCUUCAAGCCACUCUUUGAGGUGACGCAAAAUCCCCAGUCGCACCCCAAGGUGCACAUCUUUUUGCAGCGCGUCAUUGGCUUUGAUGUUGUGGAUGACGAGAGCAAGCCCGAGAAGCGCUUCCUGCGCCAGUUCCCGCCCCCCCGGCAGUGGAACUACGACCAGAGCCCGCCGUACUCGUACUGGCUCUACUACAUGUACGCCAACAUGGCGACGCUGAACCAGUGGCGCCGCCUGCGUGGCUUCUCGACGCUGGUCCUGCGCCCCCACGCCGGCGAGGCAGGUGACCCCGACCACAUGGCGUCUGCGUACCUGACGUCGCAUUCGGUCUCGCACGGCAUUACGCUGCGCAAGGUGCCUGUGCUGCAAUACCUCUUCUAUUUGAAGCAGAUUCCCCUGGCCAUGUCGCCGCUCAGCAACAAUGCGCUAUUCCUUGCGUACGAGCGCAAUCCCUUCCCCGAGUACUUCCGCAAAGGCCUCGUCGUGACGCUGUCGACCGACGACCCGCUGCAGUUCCACCUGUCGAAAGAGCCGCUGCUCGAAGAGUACAGCAUUGCGACGCAGAUCUACAAGCUGACGUCGACCGAUAUGUGCGAGCUGGCGCGCAACAGUGUGCUGCAGUCCGGCUGGGAGAUGGAAAUCAAGCGCCACUGGCUCGGCACGCACUUUUUCCGCCCCGGCCCCGACGGCAACGACGUGUCGAAAACCAACGUGCCCAACAUCCGCCUGCAGUACCGCAACGAGACGCUGAAGCAAGAGAUGGCGUUCAUAUGGCAGCAAUAG